AUGGAGGCCAGUAAGGGAACCCUUCCUCUCAAUAUCUGCCAUGUCCAAAAGCUGUUGGUUAUUAUCAAUAGGUUACAUAUACUCCUCCAUUCAACGGCUUUAGGCUUCUUGUUCUAUUACAGGGUGUGCUUUCUUUUCCAAGACCCAGAAACUAGAGGAAGCCACUUGCUACCAUGGCUUCUUGUUUUUGCUUCAGAAAUCAUUCUCUCCUUCAUUUGGAUCCUUGGCCAAGCUUUUCGUUGGCGUCCUGUUUCACGUUCUGUGUUCCCAGAAAGAUUGCCAGAGGAUGACAAGCUUCCUUGUGUUGAUGUUUUCAUAUGCACUGCUGAUCCAAUUAAGGAGCCCACUUUAGAGGUUAUGAAUACUGUUUUAUCAGCCAUGGCACUGGAUUACCCUCCAGAGAAGCUUCAUGUGUAUCUUUCUGAUGAUGGGGGUUCCCCCAUUACUCUUCAUGGUGUGAGGGAGUCUUGGAAAUUUGCAAGGUUGUGGCUUCCCUUCUGCACAAGGUACAGAAUAAAGAACAGGUGCCCCAAGGCUUACUUUUCUGCUUCUGAGAAUGAUGAUAGUGAUUUUGCCAGGAGUAGUGUGUACAUGGCAGAUAAGCAAGAAAUUAAGAAAAAGUAUGAGGCUUUUAAGGAAGAGAUAAAUACAUACAGAGAAGAGAAAGCCUUUGGUCCAGGCAUAACUGUUCGAGAUCACCCAUCUAUCAUUGAGGUUAUGCAAGAAAAUAUCAUUGAUGAUGUAGAUGGCGUCAAAUUGCCUCUCCUUGUUUAUGUCUCUCGUGAGAAAAUGCCCUCUCAUCCCCACCAUUUCAAGGCUGGAGCCCUCAAUGUCCUUCUUCGCACCUCUGCUGUGAUGAGCAAUUCUCCCUACAUUCUAGUUCUAGAUUGUGACAUGUUCUGUAAUGAUCCAACUUCAGCUCGAUAUGCUAUGUGUUUUCACCUUGAUCCAAAGAUAUCAUCCUCCUUAGCUUUUGUUCAAUUUCCUCAGAAAUUUCACAACAUUAGCAAGAAUGACAUCUAUGAUAGCCAGCUAAGAUCAAUAUUUACACUACAAUGGCGAGGUAUGGACGGGCUUAAGGGGCCAGUGAUGUCAGGUACUGGCUUUUAUAUAAAAAGGGUAUCACUGUGUGGAAAUCUCAAGAGCAAAGGGACUGAUCUGCUGCAACUUAAAGAAUAUUUUGGUUCAUCUAAUGAAUUCAUCAAAUCACUUAAUCAAAACUACACAAGUGAUUUAGCGUCUGGUAGAAAUUCAUUGCUAGAAGAACCUCACUUGUUGGCUUCUUGUAAGUAUGAAAUUGGCACUAAAUGGGGACAAGAGGUUGGUUUCCUAUAUGAUAGUGUAGUAGAAGACUACCUCACAGGAUUUAUCUUGCAUUGCAAUGGAUGGACUUCAGUUUUCUGUGAACCAUCUAGGCCACAGUUUCUAGGUACAGCUACGACAAAUUUGAAUGAUGUGCUGAUUCAAGGCACUAGAUGGUAUUGUGGUUUGUUCGAAAAUGGUAUAAAUAGGUAUUGCGCCCUUAUAUAUGGGAUUUCAAGGAUGCCACUUCUUCAGAGACUAUGCUAUGCAGAACUGACAUAUUUCCCUCUAUAUUGCUUGCCUCUUUGGUGUUUUGCUACCAUCCCUCAGCUCUGUCUACUAAAUGGAAUACCCUUGUACCCUAAGGUUUCAGACCCAUUUUUCAUUAUCUUUUUAUUCAUCUUUCUAUCAGCUCUUUUAAAACAUUCACAAGAAGUCAUCUUGACUGGGGGAACACUACGUAAGUGGGUAAAUGAGCAGAGAAUCUGGAUGAUGAAAUCAAUUACAUGCCAUCUAUAUGGGUGUUUGGAUGCUACACUAAAGAAAGUUGGUAUAAGAGAAGCUAGUUUCUUGCCCACUAAUAAAGCAGAGGAUGAUGAACAAACUCUGCUAUACCAAAUGGAUAAAUAUGAUUUCCGAGCAUCAAAUGUCUUUAUAGUUCCAAUGCUUGCCCUCCUCACUAUCAACAUAUCGUGCUUUGUUGGAGGAAUCUACAGAGUGAUAUUGGUCGGUGAUUGGGACAAAAUGUUUAUACAGCUUUUCAUAGCAAUUUUUGUCAUUACUGUCAACUACCCUAUCAUUGAAGGGCUGGUGAUAAGGAAGGACAAGGGACGCGUUUCACAGUUAGUAGCUAUACAUGUUAUCUUGGCCACUCUGAUUCUUUUGGCAUUUUGUAAACUACUAGGAAAUGCAUAGU